AUGCUGGGCGGGGUGGCGGGCCGCCACAUGAGCACCCGGCGGCGGGGUAGCUCGCCGCUGGUGCGGCUCGGCGGCGACCCGGCGGCGCCCGAGGGGUGGCCGCCCGCGCCGCCGCACUCGCCCGCCAGCCCCCGCUACCGCCGGCGCCGCGCCGUCACCACCUCCGACUUCAAGUCGUGCGCCCUCGUCCAGACGCGCGUCAAACUCGGCGACAUCAUUAUUCGCUUUCAGGAUAUUCCGUGUUUGGUGUUGUGCCCAACACUUGCUGAACGCCAAGAGGUAGUAUAUUACAUCCCCAGUUUUGCCUCCACACAACCGCACGUCAUCCAGAAGUGCAGAGAGGUGUAG